AUUAAAGAUAUUACAAUUUAGUUUAUUAAAAUUUAUCGAUUAUUUAUUAUUAAAAAUUAUGAUGCAAUCUUCAUAUGAAGAAAAAAAAAGCUAAACAACUACCUCAUUUGAUUGGGAACAUGUUAAAAAAGAAUAUAGAAGACUGAAUACAAAUAUUGAAUCUCUAAUUUCUAGUGUAUAAAAUUAUUUACUAACAACAUCCAAACAGUUUUCAGAUAUUCAAAGUAGUAAAAAUUCCAUAAGCCAUUCUGAAUCUUCUUUUGAUAUUCCUAAAAAUGUAGUUAACUGCUUUAACUAAAUAAAAUCAGAUAUUGAUGAACUUGAGGUUCUUCUUAAAAAGUGCUUAGCAUUUAAACAGCUAUAGCCUUCUUAAAUGUCGAUUAUAAAAAGAUACAAAGAGAUAUUGGACGACCAAAAAAAAGAGUUUAGAAGAAUUUAAAAUGGAAUUUAGUAGAACUCAGAUAAAAUGAAGUUAUUUGCCUAAGUGCAGUUAAAAAAAGAUAAAGACUUGGAAACAUAUGACGAAGAGGAAAAACUUCAGUAAGAUGGUGACGAUUUAGAGCAACAUAAGCAAAAUGCAGUUAGCUUAAAUAAAGGAUUAAGCACAUCUAAUUCUAUUAUACAAAUAGCAUAAUAAGUUAGAAGCUCUUUAAAUUUCUAGACGAAUUUAUUAAGUAGAGCAAAUUAAUAAGUUGAAAAUAUGAAUAAAUAAAUUCCAGGAAUGGGAGAUUUAGUUAAUGCUAUAAAGAGAGCAAAACAUAGAAGAGUAUUAAUAUACUAUGCAGUUAUAAUAUUUUGUAUGAUUAUCAUAACAUACUAAGUAAUUUCUAGUAGGAAAUGAAUAAAUAAUAAAACAAGUAAUUAAAUUAACAAAUAAAAUAUCUUAAUUUUAAAUAAAAAAAUAAAAAUGUCUUCUGUCUUUUUACAUAAAUUAGUUAAUGAAUGAAUUGCUUAUUACAUAUAAUUUAUAAAUAUUUCAUCAUAUCUAUUUUUAUUGAAAAUUUUAAAUAAUAAUUUUUAUAAUGAGAAAUAUAGAUUUUUAUUUAUUUAUUUAAUCAUUCAAUAUUUAGAAGAUUUAUGCUGAUUUGUGAGUUAUAACUUGUUAUUACUUAAAUCUUCUUCUGUAUAUUAUUAUUUGCAAGUCUCUUUCAAAUCUGGCAGCUUAAAAUCAUUCUAAUUCUUUUUUUUAAAUUAUUUAUUU